UAGCAACCCAAAGGACUUAGCGAACACAAACAACAAUUGCAACAGUCAGCAAAGCCACAGACCACUUACGAAACUCAAGGCAUCAUCAACCUUUUCUGAAUGAAAGAUGAAAGCAGCAUCGCGAGAACCCUAUGACCCUACCACAGACCCUGAGGAACAAAAUCUCAUCCUCUCAGUUUUAGACUCUUUUCGCUCCUACCGCCGCCUUGCUCACUACAAUGGGACACACCUGCGCCGCCAAGCCUUCUAUUCCCUCCCACAAUCGCAUUGGACACUGCUAUCCCGCCCGCCCUUCUCUAUCCUGUCUACGCUCUCUCAAAUAGACGACCUGAUUGACAGCAAUGCCGAGCUAGCAGAAGCUAUUUUCGUAGCAGGUUUCAAAGCCUUCCUAGCCCCCACUCUAGACAGUGAUUGGGUAGCUUCAAUUGUGCCAGAGAAAUAUGCAUGCGACGAAUACAAGGUCUUCGACAUUAUCAUGGAUGAGCUUGGAGCAAAGACGAGUCAGGGUGAUGUGGACAAGGCACGGAGUUGUGUAAAUCAGUUUUGGAGGGAGUGGAGUCAAGCAGGGCAUGCGGAGAGGGUCAAAUGCUUCGAUCCCGUUGUAGCGGCAGUAGAAGAAGAAUUUGCAUCAAGAAGCAGUACCACCCCAGAUUUGGAUCGCGCAAAUCUUAAAGUUCUGGUUCCUGGGGUUGGGCUGGGACGUCUGGUCUUCGAUAUCUGCCGUGCAGGCUUCAGCGUCGAGGGAAAUGAGAUUUCCUACCAUAUGCUCAUGGCAAGCGCGUUGGUCUUGAAUGACACAAAAAGUACUGGACAGUUCAAGAUUGCUCCCUGGGCACUGAACAGCUCAAACCACGUCUCUCGGGAAGACCAACUGAGAACCGUCAGAGUACCGGACAUACAUCCAGCGACAGAAUUAGCAAAAGCAGCGGCCUCAAGAGUUCCAGCCGGUGAACGAAUGAGCAUAUCAACAGGCGAUUUUUGCGUUGUCUACGGUCGGCACGACUAUACAGAUGAAUUCGAUGCAGUAGCGACUGUCUUCUUCAUUGACACUGCGCCGAAUAUUAUUCGCUAUAUCGAAGCUGUUCGUAACUGCUUAAAACCAGGAGGCUUAUGGAUUAAUCUUGGUCCACUAUUGUGGCAUCCACCACCACGGAGAGUGAACGACGAAGGUAAACUGGCCGAGGAUGGAGAAAGGAGAGCCGAUGUGGACGCAGGGAUUGGUGAUCCAGGUUCGGUAGAACUCACACAUGACGAAGUAAUUGCAUUAGUUGAGCAUUUUGGGUUUGUGAUGGAGAGACAAGAGCAUGGUACUAUCGAGACGGGAUACAUCUCCAACACCCGGAGUAUGCUGCAAAAUACAUACCGCCCUUCGUUCUGGAUAGCGAGGAAGAAAUAAGAAGAUACCCACAUCUACUGAUGGCGGCUACACUGAGAUCUUCUUUCGCACAUGCUCUUUAUUCCAUUAUCAAGACUCUUUGAUACGACGCAUGCACAAGAUAGCUCUGAUGGUGAUAAGAUUGAAGGUUUAUGGUUCGUGAUGAAGAGCAGUUUGAUAUAUAAAGAAAGAAAC